GGUUUCUCGGGGUUUGACCAGCUGUCCCGGGCUAACCCUGCUCCUCGCUGAAGAUGGAGGAAGUAAAAACAGGAUUACCCUUAGCUACAGAUCCACUGCCUUAGUUUCCACCACCAACUGCAGUGCACAAACACACGUUAGGCACAGGAAAGAAAGAAAGAGAGAGGACACACACACAGUAAACACAAACAAAAGGGUGAUGGGAUUAUUUUACUGCAUGCACUGCUGAGCCCGACAUUGUCACCUCCUCUUUGAGGGGUUAGAAGAAGCUGAGAUCUCCGGACAGAGCUGGAAAUGGUGAUGAAUCUUUUUUAAUCAAAGGACAAUUUCUUUUCACUGCACUUUGACUAUGGAAACAGAGGCUAUUGAUGGCUAUAUAACGUGUGACAAUGAGCUUUCACCUGAAAGGGAGCACUCCAGUAUGGCUAUUGACCUCACCUCAAGCACACCCAAUGGACAGCAUGCCUCACCAAGUCACAUGACAAGCACAAAUUCAGUAAAGCUAGAAAUGCAGAGUGAUGAAGAGUGUGACAGGAAACCCCUGAGCCGUGAAGAUGAGAUCAGGGGCCAUGAUGAGGGUAGCAGCCUAGAAGAACCCCUACUUGAGAGCAGCGAGGUGGCUGACAACAGGAAAGUCCAGGAGCUUCAAGGCGAGGGAGGAAUCCGGCUUCCGAAUGGUAAACUGAAAUGUGACGUCUGUGGCAUGGUUUGCAUUGGGCCCAAUGUGCUUAUGGUACAUAAAAGGAGUCACACUGGUGAACGCCCCUUUCACUGUAACCAGUGUGGAGCUUCUUUUACUCAGAAGGGAAACCUUCUGAGACACAUAAAGUUACACUCUGGAGAGAAGCCGUUCAAAUGUCCAUUCUGUAGCUACGCCUGUAGAAGAAGGGACGCCCUCACAGGACACCUCAGGACCCAUUCUGUGGGUAAACCUCACAAGUGCAACUACUGUGGACGGAGCUACAAGCAACGCAGUUCACUGGAGGAGCACAAGGAACGCUGCCACAACUAUCUCCAGAAUGUCAGCAUGGAGGCUGCUGGGCAGGUCAUGAGUCACCAUGUACCUCCUAUGGAAGAUUGUAAGGAACAAGAGCCUAUUAUGGACAACAAUAUUUCUCUGGUGCCUUUUGAGAGACCUGCUGUCAUAGAGAAGCUCACGGGGAAUAUGGGAAAACGUAAAAGCUCCACUCCACAAAAGUUUGUGGGGGAAAAGCUCAUGCGAUUCAGCUACCCAGAUAUUCACUUUGAUAUGAACUUAACAUAUGAGAAGGAGGCUGAGCUGAUGCAGUCUCACAUGAUGGACCAAGCCAUCAACAAUGCAAUCACCUACCUUGGAGCUGAGGCCCUUCACCCUCUGAUGCAGCACCCGCCAAGCACAAUCGCUGAGGUGGCCCCAGUUAUAAGCUCAGCUUAUUCUCAGGUCUAUCAUCCAAAUAGGAUAGAAAGACCCAUUAGCAGGGAAACCUCUGAUAGUCAUGAAAACAACAUGGAUGGCCCUAUCUCUCUCAUCAGACCAAAGAGUCGACCCCAGGAAAGAGAGGCCUCUCCCAGCAAUAGCUGCCUGGAUUCUACUGACUCAGAAAGCAGCCAUGAUGACCACCAGUCCUACCAAGGAAACCCUGCCUUAAAUCCCAAGAGGAAACAAAGCCCAGCUUACAUGAAGGAGGAUGUAAAGGCUUUGGAUACUACCAAGGCUCCUAAGGGCUCUCUGAAGGACAUCUACAAGGUCUUCAAUGGAGAAGGAGAACAAAUUAGGGCCUUCAAAUGUGAGCACUGCCGUGUCCUUUUCCUAGACCAUGUCAUGUACACCAUUCACAUGGGUUGUCAUGGCUACCGGGACCCACUGGAAUGCAACAUCUGUGGCUAUAGAAGCCAGGACCGUUACGAGUUUUCAUCACACAUUGUUCGAGGGGAGCACACAUUCCACUAGGCCUUUUCAUUCCAAAGGGGACCCCUAUGAAGUAACGAACUGCACAUGAAGAAAUACUGCACUUACAAUCCCACCAUCCGUCAGAUCUUGACAUACCUUUUUUUUAAUAUUAUUACUGUCAAUAAUUCUUAUUUUGUGGACGCAGUGUCAUUUGUUCUGCCUAAUUACAGUAAGGAAAAUACAGAAGAGAAGGGAUGGGGAUAUUGUUUCUUGAUAAAUUGGCUUGUUUAUUUUGUGAGAAUUUAAGAGAGUUUGUUUCUUGGAAAAUCAUUUGAUCUGUGUAGAGUCACCUAAAAGAUUCUACUUUGCCACUGAUAUUCAGGAUUGUGAUUGAAGGCAGGAAAAUUCAGUUUUCUGGGUACUACUUUGGCAGUUUUAAAUGUGUAAGUAAUUUUAUUCUUGAAAGAAGAAUUUGUUUCAAAAUGUAAACCAGGUUUUUUUUUUUUUUUUCCCUUCUUUAGAGAUCACGGAACACAAACACAUGUUAUUUUCAGUGAUAACUCCUAGGAUGAGCUGAGUUGUUGUGGAUUCUAUGUUUACUUCCCCUAUGGAAUUUAUAAUUAAGUACGUUUUACACUGUACCAUAGAGCAAAGCUUUUGAACUACAGGUAGUCAAGGACCACCUACAAUACACCUGAGGUCCUAUAAUCUUAUUUUUCUAAACUUUUAAGCACUGUUUUUCCAUAGUUUUGAUGACUGGCAUUUUGUAGACACCCUGGCAGCCUUACUUUGAACACCUUUAACAAAUAGUUAUUUUAUAUGGUUUUCAGAAUAACAUAUGGUCUAAGAGUGGAUAAGAGGCAGUCAGUAAUUACUGGGAGAGACUCCUACUUUAAUUUGUUUGGGACAUUUUCUUUUAAAAGUCGUAAUGUGAUGGCAGCAUAGUAUACACAUAUGUUUCUAAAAGUAUGCUUACGAUUGUCACUUUAUCAGCAUUUAAUCAGUGUUAACGAGUCAGCAGAAAAAUAUAAUUAGGCUCACAGUAGGAGGAAAAAAAAAAACUCACAAAUCUCUUUUCUGGUAUUUCUCUUUUUUCACUGAUUUUUUUCAAGCUGUGACCACCCAGUGUUCUGUCUAUAGUCCAUUUGUAUUUUACUCUUUGAGUAGAAGGUCUUUUAAAGUCUUGCUAUAGGCUAUUUCAUUCAAAGAAUCCUCAGAGCAACUGUUAAUUUGACCAGAAUGUGGUAACUUGAACCCUGGAAGGUUAUCAACUAGGGCUAUUUUUUCUAGUAUUUCUUCAGUAAUGAUUUUUACCACUUUUGCUGAAAAAAAAAAAAAAAAGGGAACUUCUUUUUAACCUGUACAUUGUACUGCAGAUGAUACAAAAACAAAAAUCAAAGUUUACUUUAUUCUUCCUGGAGUCUAGAAUACGACAGAACCUCCGAGUUAAGGUCCUGCCCAUCUUUCUGUUUCAGAGUCAUUCAACUCUGUAAAUCCUUGUCAGAAAUGAGUAUCAAUCUCUUCAUAUAGAAUGUCUAUUCUUUUAAUCGAUAUAUGACAUACGUUGCCAUUUUCCUGUGCAGAUUUCAAUUUCAUUGAUACAGGUGCUGAUUUUUCUUUGCAAUCCAACAGCAUUAGAGAGGCAGAACCGAGUGAUACUCAUUCAAGUCAUUUUGGGGAAUGCACUUGCUUUUGUUUGGGGAGGAUGGCCUGACUGAACUGGAUUAUCUGAUAAACAUCUGUGAAUACUGAAAUCCUAUUAAGCAGUAACUGAUAAACUGCUCUAAAAGACCCUCAACUAGGAUCUGAAACUGUUUCUUAAUAUAGUGUGAUGUGAGAAUUACCGAGACAGAGAACUGUGGACAGAUAAGCAGCUCUGGCCCCAGUACCUAGCUCUUCAACUCAUUUUCUAAUUUACCAUUUGCUUACUUAAGCAACUUCUAAGCACUAACACAGCUAGAACAUGGGGUGGUGGUGGUUAAACUCAGCUCUCUUGUAUUAAUCCCCAUCAUAAUUAUUUUUGGAGAAAUGUCUCAACUGUUUCUUUAAACCUAAGAGAAUGCAACAAAAUACAUGUGUGGAAUGUCAACCGUUGGGCGUUUUUUUUUUUUUUUUCGUGCAUGCCCUGGUACAUUGUGAUCAUGUAUACAAUUUACUGAGGGGUAAAGCAUGUCUUUAAGACUCCUUCACCUCCAUCUACCCAAAUCACUCCCAAAUAGUAAUUUGGAAUGCCAUUUAUUUUCCUGUUGGAUGAAGUAAAUAAUUUUCAGAUCCACGAUUUAGUGUUUUACUGCAAUUUCAGGAAAAUGUUGGAUGUCGUUAUGGUUAUAAUUUUGGUUGGUUGUGAAUUUCUCCUGGUAUCAUCUGUGAAUUUUCUUCCUGCUUCCUGUUCUUUUCUUUUUUUCUUCUUUUCUUUUUUAUUCCAGUAUAUGAACAAUCAUGUAGCUACCUGCCCUGUGAUGAAAGUGGAUUUGGGUGGACCUAAAGAAUUAUGUAAUUCCCUAAGAAGAUAGUACUCAUGCACUCUCUUUUUCUGCUUGCUCUUUAUGGGAAUCUAUUUUUUUGAAGAGAGUUAACAGUUGUGAGAGUAUAUUUGAUACAAGUAUGCACUUGUAUUUUCUUAGCUUCAUGAUACAAGGAACAGAAAGAAGUGGAAAUGGCUAGGGUGUGGCAAGGAUAAAUGAGGACAAGGUCUAUUCAAAUUUGUAGGUUAGAAGGAAUUUUUGUAGACAUAGUGCUUUCUGAGAAACUCUAGAAGGCUCUAUUUGCAUGCCUCUUCUUCACAAAAGGAGAGAUGCAAGGUGGUAGUACCUAAAAAUAAACAUGAGGGUCAGGCACCAAAUCAAGUUUUACAUAACAGUUGCAUGCAGUUUAUUUAGGCGAGAUUUUACAUUGCAGGAAGUAUUUGCAGGGCAUGAAAAUGGGUUAUCCUCUGUAUAUUCCAAUUUGGCAAAAAAUCAGAAAUUUAUCACAUUGUUUUGCCCUAAUUUUACAGAAUUUUGUCUAUAGCGGUUACUGAAGAAAUGUGCAGCCUCUCCCUAAUAGUGAUGAAUCAUGUUGAAAAAGCCAUUCUAAUCAGGCUUUUUAAGACAGUUAAAGUGACCAGUGGGCAGAUUGGAAAAGAUUUCGAGUUUUUGAAACAUUCCGUUAAGAAUCUUCUGGAGGAUGAGAGGAUGAGAGAUAAGGAUUUAGAUCUGACUACAAAGUAGGAAGUGUUUCUCCUACAUACAUACCGGCAAUUGUAUGUAUGAAUCAUAGUGCAUAUGUACGUGUGUAUCACACACAUUGUUUUAAAGAAAAUUUAUGAAAAGAAGCAAUUAGGGUAUGUGGUAUAAGAACAUAUAGUUAAAAUUAUAGUUAAUGCCUGAGCAAUUAGGAGGAUUUACUUUACCAGAUGGUAUUAAGAAAUGCUACAGUUACAAGUGUGUCUUUAGGCCUAGCAGCAACUAUUAAAACUAAACCCUGGGUGUUUAUUAUCUCUUUCCAGAACAAAAUGGAACGAAUGAUGGAAAAAAAAAAAAGACUUUAAGCUGACUUGAUGUAAAUUUAAAGAAAUACAAUCUCCUUUUUGAUAGGAAGAAAAUACCGAAAAGCAGAAUUAUCAGCCUUAUUUGUUGACAAAUAGAAAUGAUAAGAGUAUUUUAGUGCGCUUAAUAAGUAUUUUUUUAUUUGUAGUUUUUGUGUCUCUGUUGUACACUUCACAAACCAUGAAGUCUUUAUGGUAUUUUAUAAAUGUUUAAAGUUACACCAGAGAAGGCAUUUAGAUGAAAAUUAUGUUUUAAUAUUUUCCAAAUCAUAUUUCACCCUGUCUCCAAAAUGAUUUUUAGAGUAGAAAAAGGCAGAAAUGGCUGCAAGAAUACAAACAAAAACUGUAUGCCUGUGUUUCAAAACAGAACUUAGAGUGUAAGAGGUACUAGCUACAUCUUUUUUUUUUUUUGACUUUGGAUUGUUCAUUUUACCAAAAGGGAUAAGUUAUAUUUUUGUUCAUCUUCAUUACAUUUUAUAUAUUUAACAAGUACUAUCUAGAUGAAGACUAUUGUAAAACAGAAAAUCCCCAAAUCCAGAAGGAAAAAAAAAAGUUUAUAUGUGGUGGGGGGUGAAAUUGAAGUGUGUAUAUAUGAAAGCUAACUUGGUAAUAUUUUAAUCCUCCAGUUUCUGCAAAAUAAUUAAAAUAUACAGUAACUGGUCUCUUAAAAUUCUGAAUUUAAUGUAUUAAAUACUUACUUUUUUUUUAUAUUGGUGCCUUUUUAAAAUGCAUUGAGAGUGUUGGUUAGCUACUGUAGCUCCACGACACUUUUAUUAUGUAUUUUUAAAAAUCACUUAAACUUAAGUACUAAGGAACUCAUUUCUGUGUUCUUAGAGCAAAACUGUUCAAGCAAUUUCCAAAACAAAAACUUUCAGCUCAGUUGUUAAAAGUAAAAAGACACCUGAUUUUAAAUUUUUUAGUUUGAUAGUAUUUCUGAAUACCAUUAUAAGAUUAUGCAGGUAAAACAUAAGGUAGAUUGGUUUUAGCUGAGGAUUGAAUGUGUUUUUGUUUUGUUUUUAAGGAUGAAUAAGUUCUGUCUCACACAAGGACUUAUUAGUGGGAUUUUUGGUCAAUAAAAUACAGUAUUGUUUUGGAUUUUCAUCUCCAGACUAGUGUUAUUCUAGUCUUCAAACUUCUGUCUUCUAAUCUGUUAAGGUUUUAUAGAAGAAAAAAGCAGAUAAUUAAUUCUCCUUGAACAAAACAAGUGAACAGUCAUAUCUCAUUGCUGUUCUCUAAAGCAUGAUCUCUAAUGGUUCCAUACCAUGGUUGUGUAUUACUUGCAAUGGAUGUGUUAGGAUAUGACAGCUUUAAAAAAAAAAAAUGAGCUGCUGGUUAUACAAAGCAAAUGUCAAUGACCAAGAAGCUGUGAUAUGCUAGUGUCCUUUUUAUCAUAGUGUAUUGCCCAGGCCAAAUAAUGACACCUUGACUAUUUUUACAUUUAUUGCAGAAACCUACAAUUUUGGGAUUUCCAUAAGGUUUUUAUGUAACAUUCUAUUUCUAGCUUUUUAGUUUUAUCUUGCUGUACUGUAAGUUUGUGAAUAUUUUUCACAUGCACUCUUAGAAUAAGUUCAUAAUUCUGUCAAUGGGUUUCUUUCUCCCAUAACAUGGCAUUUGUAUAUUUUCUGUGUAACUUCGUAGUGAAUUAACCUUUAUCCCUUACGGAGAGUGGUACAUAAAUGACUAGUUUUCUAAGAUGUCCUUUUUAUUGUGAAUGAAAUAUAAAAUUAAGGGGCCCUCUGCUAAGCCACAUAAAGUACGGCAUAUAACUUCAAGUAGGUACUAGUAAGCAAAUUUGCAGUGAAUUGGGCCUUCACAUUACCUCAAGUGAUACAGUUAAAAAAAAAAAAAAAAAAGGUGGUUGAAUGGGUGGAGGUCACUGAAUCCCCUACUAUGCACUUACCAGGAUUUUACUUCAUUUAAUUUACUGGAAAUUGAUUUUUUUUAAAAAGAUGAAUACACUGUAUCAAGGGAAGAGAUCUGAGUUGUUUUUAUUGUUUUUUUUUUUUAAGUCGUUCAAAUUCUGAAACUGUGAUGAAAAAAAUUGACUGUCAAGCACUCAGAUUUUGAACAUAAAUCAGUUUCCCUCUGUGUAACAAAGUUCUAUUUGUUAUCUCUUCUUAAAUUUUAUAAACCUCUCCUCCCCGUUCACACCCCCUGCACACACACCUCUGUACUUUCUGUUCGUCUUCUUUCCAUCAUCGUCUCUGGUUGUCUUUGCCCCUCUUGUCCCCUACUAGUUUGAUGAUUAGGUCGUUUCUUACUUUGAAUUCAUUGGUCUCUUAAGUCUUAAUUUUUUUGUUUGUGAUUUUUGUUGGCUGUGUAAUCUGCUGACAUAUUUUUAUACUCAAGUGUAGUUUUAUAUUGAAACGUGGUUGGAUUAAAAAUAGUAAACUAUAUAACCCUCGUGUUACUUUCACUUUUAAAUAUUGGAUAUAUAAAAUAUGACUCCAGAGAUUGUGUAAUCAUGUUAUGGUAUGUUUGCCUUCUUUUUUUGAUGGGUUUUAUAUUCUAAUUUGGCUUUCCUUCAAAAAUGUGUAUCAUGAGAGACUAGACAGAUUUUUGCAGGUAUUUAGUAAGAUGUUAAAAAUGUAAAGCAGAGAGUCUUAAUUUUCUCCCUAUUGGGAAAAAAAAUGCUUUAACAUUACUGUAAUAAUAUUCCAGGUUUGGAGGGGGUCUCUAGGCCCCAGAUUUACUCUAAAUAGUUAGACCUUUUAGACCAUGUGUUAUUUGCAAUCUCAGAAUGAUUGCUUCUGCUACUUAGCUUGAAAGAUAUUACUGUUUUUUUUUUUCUGUACAAGUGCAAUACUCCCCUUGAAGUCUUAAAAACUACGGUGUUUUUUUUCUUUUUUUGACAUAUUCUCUUUUUUAUAUAAUGACAAAAAGAAACCAUUGAAAAUCAUAAUAUAUUAAAAGAUACAACGAGCAGAGAGAAAAACCACUCCAUAAUCAAAACAUUAGACUGUGAAAACCACUGGUCUAAUCUCAUGAUAUCGUUAUUUAGCCUACAUUUUUAGCCUCAUUUUACUGAAAUGAGCAAUCUUUUGCUUGAGAAGU